AUCACUCCAUUUCUUUCGGUGCCAAAACCCAGAAGGAUGCAGAACUCAAUAUCGUCAAAGAUGUGUCUUUCCGAGGACGUGAAAAGUAUUAAACUUAAGCGGAAAAUACUCCGAAAAGCUACCAAAGAAAUGAUCGGUGUUAUCGAUUCAGAAAUAGCUCAACCAAAACCGGAUGUGGAUCACUUAAGAACUUUGCUGGAGAAGUUAUUGGACAAAGGCCAAAGCUUGGUCGCGCUCAAUCAUGAAAUUGAAGUCCGAACUCCACUGGAACAUUUGGAGAAGGAGAUUAAGAAAUCGGAGGACUAUAAGGAGCGGAUCGUGGCUUCCACAAGCCGUGUGCAGCGCAUCAUCAGGACAAAUGAGGAGUCAUCGCAAGUGACUGCCCAGAAAAGAAAAGCAAUCAUUCUCUCCGAAAGAGCUGUGGAGGGGGACCCGACCAAAAACCAAGAAGAAAUCAGCUUUUAUAAGUCUGCGAUACGGUACUUCCUUCAAAUCAUAAAGUGUGACGACUAUCUGGAGCGGGUCGAGGAUCUGCAGGAGUAUCUGAUGAAGAAAGACCUUCCACCUCCUGCCAAACGCCUCCCACCUCCUCCCAAACCCAAGAACAACGACGAUAAGAAAUUCUCCUUCAGCCAUUAUAGAGAUGAGGAUACCAUUGCUCUGAACCUGCAGAUCAAAGAUACCAUAGUGAGGGAGAAGCCAAACGUUAAGUGGAGCGACGUCGCCGGCCUUGAAUGUGCAAAACAGGCACUUAAGGAGGCGGUCAUCUUCCCCGCCAAGUUCCCUAAUCUCUUCACUGGAACGAGAACUCCUUGGCGCGGAAUUCUGCUGUUUGGCCCUCCAGGUACAGGAAAGACCCACCUGGCCAAGGCGGUGGCCACAGAAGCCGGCAACGCCACCUUCUUCUCUGUCUCCUCCUCAGACCUCGUGUCCAAGUGGCUCGGAGAAAGUGCAAGGUUGAUAAAGAGCCUGUUUUCUAUGGCCAAAGAUUGCAAACCCUCCGUCAUUUUCAUCGACGAUAUCGACUCGAUGUGUGGAUGCAGGGACGUGGACGACUCGGAUUCCGGGCGCAGGGUCAAGACGGAGUUCCUCGUCCAGAUGCAGGGAGUUGGGAAAGAAAACAAUGGAAUCGUGGUCCUGGGAGCAACAAACACUCCAUGGACAUUGGACUCGGCCAUCAGGAGAAGGUUUGAGAAGCGCAUCUACAUUGCUCUGCCGGACCAUUCGGCCCGCCUCUCCAUGUUUAAGAUUCAAAUGAACACCAUUCCCAACGAGCUGACCGAGGAGGACUUUGAAUAUUUGGGGGAACAUACGGAGGGCUACUCGGGGUGCGACAUCACCACCGUCGUUAGGGAGGCCACCAUGCAGCCUCUGAAGAAUGUUCAGGCUGCCACGCACUUCAAAAAGGUCUUCAAGGACUUUAGCUACUUCUUCACUCCGUGCUCAUGUACUGACCUCGACAGCAGAGCCAUGACAUGGAUGGACGUCCCUGAGGAAAGUCUUCUAGAACCUGCGGUUUCAAUGAGUGACUUGCUGAAAUCGCUAACCAACACCAAGCCCACCAUCAAUGAGAAGGACUUAAAGCAGCUGAAGAAGUUCUGUGAGGAUUACGGUCAACAAGGUUGAUGACUCGUGAAUGCACCGAGUAAGAAACACCUACACGCCGCGUUCAAACUGCAUGUACCAUGAAGAUGGGUAGAACUUUUAACACUAACGACCGCCACUUACUGAUUAGAUUCUCCAAAUGCCAAUGUAUUCCUGCUCAUGUUUAGAACACCUUCCCCAUACUAUGACUAGGAUCCUUUGCUUAAGAAUUCCUUUUAAAAGGGGCUUUUAUUCCCAUGCUUGUUUAACUCCAUGACUCACAUUCCACCAAGGGCCACGUUCACAGUUUCCAAAAACUAUUUGAAAUGUGGACUCGUCAGAACACAUUUCCCCUUUGCAUCAGUCCAUCUUAGAUGAGCUAGGGUUCUGCAAAGCCGGCGUUUCUGGUUGUUGUUGAUAAAUGGCUUUCGCUUUACUUUAACUUGCACUUACAGAUGUAGCGACGAACUGUAGUCACUCACAGUAGUUAUCUGAAGUAUUCCUGAGCCUAUGUGGUGAUAUCUCUUACACACCGAUGUCGCUUUUUGAUGCAGUACCGCCUGAGGGAUCGACUUAGCCGCUUACGUCCAGCGAUUUCUCCAGAUUCUCUGAACCUUUUGAUGAUAUUACGGACCGUA